UUUUCUCUUCUUUGUUUUUAAGAGCCCUCUUCCUUCCAAUCAGAAAUAUCUCUCUCUCUCUCUCAAGUGUAGAAGGUCCCCGCGAGACAAGUAAACCCGACGGUCAUCUUUUUUGCAGACUCCCAUCUCAGUGUUCGCCGGGGGAAGAGAGAGUAAUGGAGAGAAUUUUUGUUACCAUAACGGAUCUGUGUAAUGGCCGCAGAAUGUGCCAAAUCGAAGAGGGUCUCUUUUUGGGUUCUAACAGAGGUGCGAGUAAUAAGGACGGGCUGAAGAGCUUAAAUGUCACCCACAUCUUGACGGUGGCUAACUUAGCCCCAGCAUUUCCCAAUGAUUUUGUCUAUAAAGAAAUUAAUGUCAAGGACUCUGAGGACACGCACAUUCAACAGCACUUCGAGGAGUGUAUCAGUUUCAUUGAUGAAGCUAGAAGACAGGGAGGCAGCAUACUGGUCCACUGUUAUAAGGGAGUUUCCAGAAGUGUGACGGUGGUUGCAGCUUAUCUCAUGAAGCGGCGGGGAAUGCGCUUGUCUCAAGCUCUGGAACAUAUAAAGACCAGAAGGCCUCAGGCAGCUCCUAACAGUGGCUUCAUGGUACAACUGCAAGAAUUCGAAAGUUCUCUAAACAAUGCCACAACCAUUUCAGCCUGAUAUCGAAUUAGCCCUUUAAAUAGUUAAAACUCGAGAAAUGUUGGAAAUUCAUUUGCAGUGGAUGUCGCUUACCUUCAUGGAUUCUUUUUGGUUAUUUUAGAUUGAAUAGGAAGCCCUUCUUUUGGACUUCCUCAGAUACUUGUCAAGUGUCCUCGGUGGAUGGUAAUUUUUUUUUUCUAAAAUCUAUCUUGUAACUCUACUGCACCUA